AUGCUGACUGCUCCAAUGGGACUUCUGAUGCUAUUGGCAGUGGCUGAAUUUCUCAUUGGCCUGGUUGGUAAUGGAAUCUUGGCAGUCUGGAGUUUUAGAGAAUGGACCAGGACAUUCAAGGGGUCCUUAUACAACCUUAUUGUUCUGGGCCUGGCUGUCUUCAGAUUUAUCCUGCAAUGGCUGAUCAUGGUGGACUUAAGUCUGUUUCCACUGUUUCAGAGCCAACAUUGGCUUAGUUAUCUCAACGUUUCCUGGGUUCUGGUCAGCCAGGCCAGCUUGUGGUUUGCAACUUUUCUCAGCAUUUUCUACUGCAUGAAGAUUACAACCUUUGAGCACCCGGUCUAUUUGUGGCUGAAGCAGAGGGCUUAUUACCUAAUUUUCUGGUGCCUUCUGGUGUACAUCAUGAUUACCUAUUGGCUUGUAGCUCACAUUAGCUUAAAGUGCUUAAUUCCUAGUCAGAGAAACAGCAGCAUUCUGAACCCUCUUUCAAACUUACACUAUAUGAUUAUAUUACGGCUCAAUGGAGGAAGUGCUUUGCCUUUCACAGUGUUUCUUAUUUCCUCUGGGAUACUGAUCGUCUCUUUGUUUAGACAUCACAGAAAGAUGCGGGUCCACACAACUGGCAGGAAGGAUUCUCGGUCCAAAGCGCACAUCACCGUCUUGAAGUCCUUGGGCUGGUUCCUAAUACUCUAUAUAGUUUAUGUCUUGGCCAGCCCAUUUUCCAUCAUUUAUAAGUAUUUUCCUGAUAAUCUCUCUCAGGUCUUCAUCUCUGAGAUCCUCAUGGGUGCUUAUCCUGCUCUUCAUUCUAUCGUAUUGAUUAUGGGGAAUCCCAGGGUGAAGCAGACUUGUCAGAGAAUCCUAUGGAAGGCAAUGUGUGCUUGGAGAUCAUAG